AUAAUAAAAAGCGCGUUAUUCAAAUAUUAUAAAUUUAAUUAUGUAGCAUCAAAAUAGUUUUUACACUGAUCUUUAAAUCGUUUUAGAAAAGUAAAAUUUUUGUCAUCUAAAUUUUCAAGUUUAUUAAAAAAUUUAUCAUGUCUCCUAGAAAAGUUUUUUUGCCAAAAAAAAUAUUAAAAUCAGAUUAUCUGUAUACAAAAUUGUUAUCUAAAUUAAAAAAAUUUAAGAUAGAACUUUUAAAUGACGGAGAAAUAUCAAUAAAUUCACUUAAAGAUGUUAUAUUUUCACUAUAUAACAAUGUAGAUGACAAAAUUCUAGAAGGCUUUUACAGCUGGAUUAAAAAUAAUGUACGAAGAUUGGUUGUAGACCUAGAGGAAUAUCAUAUAACCAAACCAGCUCUAGUGGAAGCUCCAAUAAAUAAAAUUAAUAAAUACAGAUUUAAUAAAUUUGCAGAUGCAAUAAGCCAAUUAUGUUCAACACCAGAUGAUUUUACGUCUGUGAUUAAACACAAUAUUAGUGAAGUUUGUGCUAUCCUCUAUGGACCAUAUUAUGAUAAACGGUAUGAGAAGUUUGUAAAAAGAUAUUCGUACUUUCAUAGAAAAGACUUGAUAGAAAGAAUUAAUUUAUUACUUGAUGAGGAAGAACUAUAUACUACAGCAUGUGACUUUACACCAAUUGCUAAUAGAAGUUCUGAUCCAAAAAAAAUUCAACCACAACAAUUAAAUAUUUAUAAUACACCCAGUCGUGUCCUAAUUUCUGUCAAAAAAUUUGAUUUAUCAGCUCCUGAAUCUCCAGAAAAAGAAGGAUUUGACAUUUCUAAUGAAGAUUUGGAAUAUCGUUCAUUAAAAAGGAGAAAGUUGAAUUAGCUGAAAAAUUUGUAAUAAUAUCUUUUAAUAAAAAAUAUCAGAAAUUCUGUUUUAUAUUCAAAGAAGGAAAAACCAUACUUUUAGUGAACACCUAAAAUAACCUUUAAUGCAAAAAAAUAUGUAUUUUGACAGAAUUUAUUUUAAUUAAUCUCUUUAAUAAUAUCACUUCCAACAUCUGAGUACAUCUGUAAAGAAUUGUCCAGCUAACUAUAUUAUAAUUCUAUUUUUUGCACACAACAAAUCUUUUCUUUGAAAUUCUAUCCAAACUAAUUUAUCUUCAUCUACUGUAUGCAUAAAUAUAUACGUAAAUCUGCUACACAAGAUUUUCCUUUGCUAUUCUGUAUACUAUUAGGUGAGAAUUUUUAUAUAUUUGAAAAAGUAAUGUCAUGAGAACAAAAUUUAACAAUAAAUCAAAGAUUUACAAUAGGCUUAAUUAGGUUAUAAACAAAACAGUUGAUUGUAUCUUUUAUUAAGUUGAUGCAAGUAUUAAAAAGUAUUAUAAAAAUAAUGUUUUAUCAUAAUACCAAGCUUCUUAAUCAGCUUUUAUUUACUAAAGUGUGAUUUUACAAUUAAUGAUGUCUGUAUUACUAUUGAGUAAAACAAAAACAAAAUUACGAAAGACAA